CUCCAAGAAUCAAACGUCAACAUAUGUCCUGAAAGAACAGAGAAAAACGCAGACAUUUCCGUUUCACACAAUCAAGUUUCAAGACAAACCCAUUGAAUGAAUUGAUUACAUAUAUAUAAUAUAUAUAUAUAUAUAUAUAGCAUUUGAUUGGACAGUGAAUAAAAAUGGAAAGUAAUGACAGAGACCGGGUCAUUAGUGGGCGUGCAACAAGUUUUAGCAUUUGGAGAAAUACGACAAUGGAAGCUUUCUCCAAGUCUUCUCAUCAUGAAUAUGGUGAUGAUGAAGAAGCUCUCAAAUGGGCUGCUUUGGAAAAGUUGCCUACUUUUUUACGUAUAAGGAGAGGUAUACUUGCUGAAGAACAAGGUCAAUCUAGAGAGAUUGAUAUUAACAGCUUAGGAUUGAUAGAGAAAAGAAAUCUACUAGAGAGGCUAGUGAAAAUUGCAGAGGAUGAUAAUGAAGAGUUCUUGUUGAAGCUCAAGGAGCGGAUUGACAAAGUUGGACUAGAAAUGCCAACGAUUGAGGUCCGUUUUGAGCAUUUAAAUGUUGAAGCAGAAGCAUACGUCGGAAGCAGAGCAUUACCUACAAUGUUCAACUUCUACGCUAAUAUAUUUGAGGGAUUCUUGAAUUAUCUUCAUAUUCUUCCAAGUAGAAAGAAACCAUUACCAAUACUCCGUGAUGUUAGUGGAAUCAUCAAGCCCCGAAGGAUGACAUUGCUGCUAGGACCCCCAAGUUCAGGCAAGACCACUUUUCUUUUGGCUUUGGCUGGAAAACUUAGUAAAGAUCUAAAAGUAAGGACAGAGGAUUACAUGGUGUGGAGUAGUUUCUACAGGAUGUUGUUUUGCCUUGCUUUCUCAUAUGGUUAUUUUGUGAAAUUUCAGUCUUCAGGAAGAGUUACAUAUAAUGGACAUGAGAUGAAAGAGUUUGUGCCACAGAGAACAUCAGCUUAUAUAAGUCAAUAUGAUCUUCAUAUUGGAGAAAUGACUGUUAGAGAAACUCUGGCUUUCUCUGCAAGAUGUCAAGGGGUUGGAGCUCGUUAUGAGAUAUUGGCAGAAUUAUCAAGAAGGGAGAAAGUAGCCAACAUAAAACCGGAUCCUGAUAUCGAUAUUUUCAUGAAGGCGGCUGCACUAGAAGGGCAAGAGGCCAAUUUAAUGACAGAUUAUAUACUAAAGAUUCUAGGACUGGAAGUUUGUGCUGAUACCAUGGUGGGAGAUGAAAUGAUACGAGGCAUAUCUGGCGGACAGAAGAAGCGUGUCACAACAGGGGAGAUGCUGGUUGGACCUGCAAGAGCACUUUUCAUGGAUGAGAUAUCAACCGGAUUGGACAGUUCAACAACUUCUCAAAUUGUUAAUUCACUCAAACAAUCAAUACAUAUUCUCAAUGGAACAGCCAUUAUCUCUCUUCUCCAACCAGCACCAGAAACAUAUGAUCUUUUUGAUGACAUAAUUCUUCUCUCGGAUGGACAAAUUGUGUAUCAAGGUCCACGAGAAAAUGUGCUCGAGUUCUUCGAACACAUGGGCUUCCGAUGUCCUGAGAGGAAAGGAGUUGCUGACUUCUUACAAGAAGUAACAUCAAGAAAAGAUCAGGAGCAGUACUGGACCCGUAAAGAGGAGCCUUAUAGCUUUAUUUCUGUGAAGGAAUUUGCUGAAGCAUUUCAGUCAUUUCAUAUUGGGCGGAAACUGGGUGAUGAACUUGCUGCACCAUUUGACAAGUCCAAGGCACACCCUGCUGCUCUAACAACUAAAAGAUAUGGUGUCAGCAAGAAGGAACUCUUGAAAGCUUGCGUUUCUAGAGAAUUUCUUCUCAUGAAGAGGAACUCAUUUGCCUACAUUUUCAAAAUGAUUCAACUUAUUAUUAUGGCUUUCAUAACGAUGACGAUAUUUCUGAGGACCGAGAUGCAUCGAAACACAGUAGAAGAUGCUGGCGUUUACUUUGGCGCCCUCUUCUUUGCGGUCAUGACAAUCAUGUUCAAUGGAUUAUCAGAGCUUGCAAUGACUGUCAUUAAACUUCCCGUUUUCUACAAGCAAAGAGACCUUCUCUUUUAUCCUUCGUGGGUAUAUGCUUUGCCCACAUGGAUUCUCAAGAUCCCAAUCACGUUUGUAGAAGUUGCCAUAUGGGUGAUCCUAACAUAUUACGUUAUGGGAUUUGAUCCAAACAUUGAAAGGUUUUUCAAGCAAUACCUGAUACUCCUAAUGACGAACCAGAUGGCUUCUUCACUGUUUCGACUGAUAGCAGCAUUAGGAAGAAAUUUGAUUGUAGCUAACACCAUUGCCAUAUUUUCUUUACUUACCACCCUCGUACUGAGCGGAUUCGUCCUAUCACGAGAUGAUGUGAAGAAAUGGUGGAUAUGGGGUUACUGGUUGUCCCCAAUGAUGUAUGUACAGAAUGGUAUUUGUGUGAAUGAAUUUCUUGGGAACAGUUGGAAUCAUCUUCCUCCUAAUUCAACAGAGGCAUUGGGAGUUAAUUUUUUGAAGUAUCGGAGGAUUUUCCCCGACGCAUAUUGGUAUUGGAUUGCAGUUGGAGCUUUGACAGGAUAUAUCAUUCUGUUUAAUUUGCUUUUCACUUUGGCCCUGAAAUACUUAAAUCCAUUUGAGAAGCCUCAGGCUAUACUUUCGGAAGAGGCCUUUGCUGAUAAAAAUGUUAACGGAACUGGAGAAUUUAUCGGACUCUCGAGGAGCAGGAAGAGCUCUUUGGAAAGAGGGAAUGUUAGCCAAAGAAAUGUAUCAUCCAGGACUCCUACUGCGAGAGUGAGCAACUUCAGUAAUGCCAACCAAGAGAGGAAGCGGGGUAUGGUUCUCCCAUUUCAACCCCUUUCCAUCACUUUCGAUGAGAUCAAAUAUGCUGUAGACAUGCCGCAGGAAAUGAAAUCUCAAGGUAUAACUGAGGAUCGCCUACAGCUUUUGAAGGGUGUUAGUGGUGCUUUCAGGCCUGGUGUCCUAACAGCUCUAAUGGGUGCUAGUGGUGCUGGCAAGACCACCCUGAUGGAUGUCCUGGCAGGAAGAAAAACCGGCGGUUACAUUGAGGGAAACAUCACGAUAUCUGGAUACCCAAAGAAGCAAGAAACUUUCGCUCGUAUUUCUGGAUACUGUGAGCAAACUGACAUACACUCCCCACAUGUUACAAUCUAUGAAUCACUGCUAUAUUCUGCAUGGCUUCGGCUUCCUACUGAGGUUAAUUCUGAUACAAGAAAGAUGUUCAUCGAGGAAGUUAUGGAGCUUGUCGAGCUGAACUCUUUAAGAGAAGCACUUGUGGGAUUGCCUGGUGUAAAUGGUCUUUCAAUUGAGCAGCGUAAGAGGCUGACAAUCGCAGUUGAGCUUGUUGCUAACCCUUCUAUAAUUUUCAUGGAUGAGCCAACCUCUGGUCUUGAUGCUAGAGCAGCAGCCAUAGUUAUGAGAACAGUGAGAAAUACUGUGGACACUGGACGAACUGUGGUGUGCACAAUACACCAACCAAGCAUUGACAUUUUUGAUGCUUUUGACGAGUUAUUUCUGCUAAAAAGAGGAGGCCAAGAAAUUUAUGUGGGGCCAGUUGGCCGCCAUGCCUACCAUCUAAUCAGAUAUUUUGAGGAGAUUGAGGGAGUUCCUAAGAUAAAGGAUGGUUAUAACCCUGCAACUUGGAUGUUGGAAGUUACUACAGCAGCACAAGAAGCAGCACUUGGGAUUGAUUUCAAUGAUAUAUACAAAAACUCAGAACUACAUAGGAGAAACAAAGCAUUGAUCAAGGAACUAAGCAGAUCUCCACCAGGUUCAAAAGACCUGUACUUCCCAACUCAAUAUUCUCAGCCCUUCUUAACCCAAUGUAUGACUUGCCUAUGGAAGCAGCAUUUGUCAUAUUGGCGAAACCCAACAUACUCCGCAGUGAGACUUUUAUUCACAACAUUCAUAGCUUUAAUGAUGGGAACAAUUUUCUGGAAUUUGGGCCCUAAAAGAAGUAGGCAACAAGAUAUUUAUAAUGCAAUGGGUUCCAUGUAUGCUGCCGUGCUAUUCUUAGGAUUUCUGAAUGCUUCAUCGGUUCAGCCGGUUGUGGCCAUUGAACGAACAGUAUUUUAUAGAGAAAGAGCAGCUGGAAUGUAUUCAGCGUUGCCAUAUGCCUUUGGACAAGUUGUGAUUGAACUUCCAUACAUUUUAGUUCAGACUAUAAUAUAUGGAGUUAUAGUAUAUGCAAUGAUAGGGUUUGAAUGGACGUCAAGCAAGUUCUUCUGGUAUCUUUUCUUCAUGUACUUCACCUUCUUAUACUUCACUUUCUAUGGGAUGAUGACUGUUGCCGUCACGCCCAACCAUAACAUUGCUGCUAUAGUUGCGACUGCCUUCUAUGCAAUAUGGAACCUUUUCUCAGGAUUUGUUGUUCCUCGAACGAGGAUUCCUGUAUGGUGGAGAUGGAACUACUGGGCUUGCCCAGUUGCCUGGACAUUGUAUGGAUUGGUUGCUUCACAGUAUGGAGACGUAAAUGAACAAUUGGACAGUGGUGAAACUGUGGAAAAUUUCGUCAGGAAUUAUUUCGGGUUUCAACAUGCAUACGUUGGAAUUGUUGCAGUUGUUCUUGUUGGCAUCUGUGUGCUCUUCGGAUUCAUCUUUGCCUUCUCUAUCAAAGCAUUUAACUUCCAGAAAAGAUAAGGAUAUUUGCAUAUAUAAAUACAAAAGCUAUUCUGAUGAAGAUUUCUAA